AUAUUCCUAAUGAUAGACCAACAUAUCUCUCGGCUCAAAUUAUUUAACUGAAUGGUGUGUGAACUUCCCAUAAUGGUUGCCACAGUACUCUUACGUGUAGUCACCAAAAUCCUACUUCCCGGAGCACCACAUUUGAAAGUAGCAUUCAGGCCUUCAAAGUCUCUAUCUUUUUCUGUCCAUACAUCAUCUAGAACAAGAAGCUCUGCACCGAGCCAUCCCAGCUCGUGCCCAGAUCCCUGCUCCUGCGCCCAGAUCCGCUACUUUGCGCCCCCACCCCCUGCACGUGGCUUCUGUGCACCUGCUCCUACCAUCACCACGCCCUACCCCCCUCUGCACGAACCAGCCUCCACCCUCCUCUGCACCAAUCUCCUGCUUCCUCUCCCCUCUGCAUCAAUCCCCAGCUCUGCACCGAGCCAUCCCAGCUCUGCCACAGAUCCCCUGCCUGCACCCGAGCCUUAGCCCCUACGCGCCUGCACCCCCUGCACUCAUUACCUCCCCUGCUUGCUUCCUGCUUCGCUGCGCCCAGAUCUAGUGCAAUCAUGCACUCCAACCGAUCCUGCACUCAUUACCCGCCUGUGCCGCUGCAACCCAACCCAAUCUCGUACCAGCUCUGAUCGUCUGUUCUCCUUGGCACCUUGUCUCAAGUGUGGGUAUAAAUAGAGGGUUUUUUUUUUUUUUUUUUUAAAGGGGGGGUCUUUUGGGUGGAGUUUCGUGGUUGAUUGAAUUUGGAGUUUGAUUUUGGAGAGUCUUUGAUUGAUUUUUGGUUGAUUUUGGAAGCUGUGGUUGGUAGAGUUUUGGAAUUUGCUUUGGGUGGAUUUUGGAGUUUGAUUUAGGGGUUGGUUUUUGGUUGAUUUUGGGUCUGUUUGCUGGGCAGUCUCGUCUGAGUUUUCGAGAGCAAUAGAAGGGGAUUUAGUGGAGAAGAAAGGGGGCAACAACGACAAGAUCUAGCUUCCGGAAGAGUUAUCGGAGAGUUAGCAUCUUCUGGAUUGUAUUCUGAUAGGUAAUUUCUGAUCAGAGGAAUUUUUGGGAAGAGCCGUGAGGGAGAAGAAGGGAGCUUGAUCCCGUGGGUGGGAUCCCUCCCUUCGGAUCUUAAUCUGCCUUUUUUUCCAGAAAUUUCGCCUUGUUUAAUUCUGAUUGCAGUAGAUUUUCGCUGUAUUGAAACUGUAUUAGAAGAUGAUAUUAUGCAUGAAAAAAAAAAAAUCAAACAUGUUCUCUUGA